GCGCGCGCGCAUAGACAUGUUGACAUUCAUGUCAACAAUUUUAUCCAUUCCAAAGAGACAAUAAUAAAUAAUGAAAUGUUUUCCAUUCAGCAAAAACUGAUUUUACAAUUAUUAUUUACAAGUUUAAUAGGAAUUACUUCCUAUAUCGGUGAUAGAUUAUUGCAACAAAAAAGUGAAAUUUUACGUGCUGUUUCUGAUAAUUUCACACAUGCAACUGUCAGUGGUCUCACGUGGUCAUUAAUUUUAAUAAUAUCAAAAAAAUCUGUGUUGAAAAAUAUUUCAAAAGUGUUUUUGUGUUUUUUCAUUGCAUCAUUUGUUGACGUUGAUCAUUUUUUAAUUGCAAUUAGUUGGAGGUUACAAGAUGCUAUGCACUUACAAAAACGAGGAUUUCUUCAUUGUUCAACAAUACCAAUUAUGACGUGGCUUUUUCUUCUAAUAUAUUCAAAGAUGCUGAAUCAACCAAAUAUUAGUGAUUAUGGAUGGAUAAUUUUAUCGAGUUUCUUGAGCCAUCAUAUAAGGGAUGCUAAUAGAAGAGGAUUAUGGUUUUGUCCAUUUGGAUCAACACGUCCAAUUCCUUAUUAUUUCUAUUUGAGUUUAAGUAUGGCAUUUCCUUAUUUUAUAGAAUUUUGCAUGUCAUUAUUAGACACUCAACAAUUGAGUGAAAAAAGAAUUUACAACACUCCAUAUGUUAUUUAAAGAGAAAUACUUGAUUAAAAUUUUUAUAAUCAA